UAAAGUUAAUGUUCCUUAACGGGUUUAAGAGGUUAGCCGGCUGGCUCUGACUCAACGACAAACGUUCGCCCAAUGCGCAUCGCCACUUGCUUUAGCCUUUCAUCACAAUAUCUCUGUUUCGUAGAGCCAUCCAUUCUGUCAGUUGCAAGAGUGAAAGCCGAGAUAGAUAGAAGAUGACUUCCACUCUUUAUGAUGAAGAAAAGGUCGCUGCACCUGCCCUCGUCGAGGAGGCGCAGAGAGCCCCCAAGAAGGUCUCUUCCCUUCGACGAUGGGCUCCUGCCAUGAUUGCCAUGGCGGUUGUUGUAGCCUUCAAUGCUGUUAUGCUGGGACCUACUGGAGAACGCAUGCCUGAGCUGAGUGACAAGGCACAACGAAAGCUACAUCUGGCAAAGGCUCGCACAGCGGCUGUCAUGGAGAUGGAUGCGCCACGAAAUGAACGCCGUCUUUCUCGAGGAAAUGGAUUUGGAAACCGAAACCUCGCAGAAGAGGAAGGAGGUGUCAUGGAAUACACACGCCGUCGUCACCGAUACCUUGGGGAAUAUGUUCACAUUGAUGUCUCGGGAGAAUUCAGCGCUUUCGGAAAGUGGUCCGUCUCGCUCAUCUACUUUGCUUUCUGGGUCUUUUUGAUGUUCCCCAACUGGUUUCUCCCAAUCGGACGUCCGGGUAUUGCUCUUGGUGGAGGUCUCUCCAUGGUUGUCUGGCGAUUCGGCUUGCAAUUGAUUGGACAUGGACCCUACUUUGAUGCCGAGCGUGUCAUCAUUAUGGAACCUCUCUUCCUUCUCUUUGGUCUCAUGCUCACCACCAUCUAUCUAGAAAAAAUGGAACGCGGAGGACUCUUCGACAAACUCCGAGACUCUUUGGAUGAUCCCGUCAACUGGAAACGAUCGGCAAAGAUUAUGGCCAUGUCCACCAUUGGCUCGGCAGCUGUCAUGAACGACUCCAUUGUGCUCAUCUUCUCUGGUGUUGUCGUUGAUCUUUGCGUCCGCCACAAGGUCGCCAACUCCCUGCCAUACCUGCUUUCUCUGGCCACAACUGCCAACAUUGGAUCUGCCCUGACAAUGACUGGUAACCCCCAAAACAUCCUCAUUGUCUCCCUUGCAUAUGACGACAUCAAAUGGCUCGAGUUUGCCAGCAACAUGGUUCUUCCCGUUAUUGCUGCCACCAUCAUUAACGUCUUGAUGAUGUUCACCUACUACGGAAGCGAAUUGUUCCCUGGAUCCUCUGGAUUCAUUGAGAACUUUGGAAUCAUGGCCAUGGGAAACCGCACACCCGAGAUGCUUGCCCAAGAACAUGCCUACUACGCCCGUCAAGUACAAGGCAAGGAAGAAGAGGAAGAGUCCCAUUCAUGGUCCCUCUGGUCUCGUCUCCAGAUUAUUGUUGUUACUCUUUUCUUGAUCUGCUUCGCUUGUGGUCUUGAUGUCUGUGUUGUUUCCAUUUGUGCCGGUGCCAUUCUCAUGGUCAUGGCUUCCUACAAGCGUCAACACUACGACCCACGCCCCACCACCAUUCAAUACGAUGCCGAAGGAAACCCACUUCCACCCAAGAAGACUUACGAUAUGGAUGGAAACGAAAUUGAACCCGAAGAGGAAGAGUUGGUCACUGAAUCUGAGACAACUCUUACCGAAGUCGAUUAUGGUCUUCUUAUGCUUUUCAUUGGUCAAUUCAUCUUGAUUGGAUCCUUCGACGAUACUGGUGUCCCUCAAGCCUUUUUCAACUUCACCAUGGGAAGUUGCGCCGACCAGAUGACUUCCGGAGCCUGUGUGUACUGGUUUGUCAUUAUCAUCACAAUCCUGUCCAACAUUGCCUCCAACGUGCCAGUCUGCCAGAUGCUUGCUGCUACAUUCCCCUACGCAAGUCCCUACGAUUGGUUGCAAGUGUCGUACUCUGCUACUAUUGCAGGAAACUUGACCAUGCUCGGAAGUGCUGCCAACAUGAUUGUUGCCUUCCAGGCUGCCAAGGUUGGAGACCGCACGUUCACCUCGGAGCGCCACGCUCCUUUCGGAAUUCCUUCCACCAUUGCAUGUUUGUAUGCCGGAACCUUCUUGCUGUCCAUGGUACACUUCAGUCCAGAAUGCAGUGUCCGUCUGGGUGAGUGCGACUAGAGUGAUUGAGUCGCAUCUAUUUCGCACCUGGCGUUCUUUGAAAUUGUGUCUAGGUCUAGCAACUAUUUAUGAAAUAUAGCAAAAAUUAUUUAUUCUAGAUGAUGAUGGCAUACUUUUGU